AUGGCAGCUGGACUAGGUGGAAUAUUUAGAAAUAGCAAUGGAGACUGGAUCGUUGGCUUUCAUAAAUCAUUUCAUGCAACAUCAGCCAUACAAGCUGAAUUAAUGGCUUUACAGGAAGGAUUAAAGAUUGCAAGAGAUAUGAAUUUCGUCGAUAUGAAAAUUGAAACAGACUCAACAGAAAUCAUCAAACUCUUAUAUGAAGACAAUCAAUAUCUUUCUAACACUAUUAUUGAAUACAGGCUGUUAAUGCACCGGCUGAAACUCCCAACUCUGAAAUAUAACUUCAGAGAAGGAAAUGAAGUAGCACACCUAUUAGCUAAAGAAGUUGUUAAAGACUUCUCCCCUAUUAAAUAUUUUUACUAUGCUCGUCCACCCCUUUUUGUUGAGCUAGAAUUAAUCAGGAACAAGCAUGGAAUUUGUAAUAGUACUAAGUAUCUUCCUACUACUGUUUGUAAUAGUAUUGCCACUUUAGGCAACAAUAAUGUCCUCAAGGACUAUGCAUUGUCUAUGGAAUCUUAUGUUUAG